AAAUCAGAAGAAAAAGAUCAAGUCUUGUCUUGUUUCUAGGUCAACACCUGAACAGCUGUGUUGUUUUGCCAUGACUGAAUUUUUAACUCAAAUCUCUAAAAGCCCAUUUUAAAGUUCUGUAUAUUGAUACGGCGAUACAUUCAAAGUUGGAGCGAGCUUUUUCUACAUCAGGAAAAUUUCAGAUGUUAAUGUCGUGAUUCCUCAUUUAGAAUGAAUUAUACAGAACCUCGAUUAAGUUUCUUGGAUGCCGCCCUGAAAUCAAGGCCGAUUGCUCUUAUUGCUUUCGAGAGUGUAAUCUUUGCAAUGUUGGAAGUAAUCACACUUAUAGGCAAUUUCAUGACUAUGUAUCUUAUCUUUAAACGGUCAGGCCUACGUGGGACUCCUACCAACCUCUUGAUUGCAUCGUUAGCGGUCUCUGACUUUACCAUGGGAGCAUUCUCAAUGCAUUUAUUGGUAACUGUUUUGAUAACUUCAAAAUGGCCUUUUGGCAAUGGUAUCUGCCAGUAUCAAGGUUUUAUAUCAAUUGUUCUUGCAGCAGCUUCGACGCAAACUUUAGCAUGGACUGCCAUCAAUCGCUACUUUAGGGUUGUCAAGUCUACUCACUAUAUUCGACUUUUUAGCCUGGACAAAACCAAGCUGAUAAUGUGUCAAAUCUGGAUCGCGUCGCUGAUAGCCCCUUUACCUUAUCUCUUGGCGGGUUACCAGUUUGUCUUCCAUCCUGGAAAGUUCUUUUGUUAUCUUGACAUCGAUAUUAGUUGGUUCACAGCUGUGUUAGUGGUGGUCUACGUGGGUCUACCCUCAACCACCAUCUUUUUCUGUUACUUCAAAGUUUAUCAAAUGGUUCGCAGGCACAACAGCCGACUGUCGCAGUAUCGCUCAGGCGCUUCUGGAGGAAUUAAGAUGACUAAUGAAGAGAUACGAACCACUCAUACUUUAUUUGUUAUCGUUAUUGUAUUCAUUGCAUGUUGGACGCCAGUUCUAAUCAUCGACAUUAUAGAUACUAUUGACGGGAAAUGGUCACUUCCUCGUGCAGCAUACACCUUGUAUACUUUCCUCGCGACCAUUAGCAACGCAAUAAAUCCUUUCAUUUAUGGACUCAUGAAUCCGACGCUAAGAGGAGGGUACUUAGAUCUACUCCAGUUUAUGCGCCGGAAACCUGGAGGUAAAAAGUACAAAUUGAGAGGAGAAAGAAAAAGACUUCCAGUACGAAAUUGCAACACUGUUAAAGGACUGAUGAACGAGUUAACCACCUUGAAAUCCUAGUGUUAUCAGAUUGUCGGCCAGGCUAAAAAAAUGAAAGAACACGUAAAUUAUUAUUCUUUCAAUCUUCCAUUGGUACUUUUCUCUUUCCUCGUGGUUAAUUUUAACAUUUAUUUCUUUUAUGGAAGAAUAAUGCAUCCCUAGAACCAGAUAUAAUAAAAAUUCUGAAACAUUUGAGGGUUUUAACAGCCACAUCGAAAUAGACUGAAAAUCAAGGAGGAAAAAACUACUAUUUUCACUUAUUUGAAAGGAGAAAAUUAGGAUACUAGUAUUUAGUUUUUUUUUGUUUUGAUCAGUUUUGAUGAAUAAAUAAUUUGGUGGAUAAAAAUUCAAGGUUUUGCAAAAAAAUUUUCAAGUUCACUCCAGAAAAGCACUUGAAUGUUGUCGGAUAUGAAUAUAUUAGUGGCAGCGAGAGAGAUGACAGUAUCAACAUUAUACGAUCUUUUUGAUUCAUUAAGAUACUUUGAAACACUGGAAAUUUCUAUAAUAUUUCAGCCUUUUCAGUGAUUUUCCAUGUAAAAAAGCGUUGUUAUGAUCUAUAUUGACAAUCAAUUUAAAUUCUCAGUGGGUUUAAAAAUCAUUAUUUUGCGUUUAUGAAUAAGGUAAUAUCAAUCUCUAAAUAUAUAACCAACAGUAGCGGUGUACAUAGCUGUGUCCAUAGUAAAUAAAACUGUACAAAUAUACACACUGUAAGUACGCAUGCGUAAUGACAUGACAUAAAUUGAUCGAGGUUAUUUACCGUCCAGAAAGUCCGGAUAGAAAAACCCUGUGCCCGAAGUCUUGCUGUUGUUGUUGUUGUUGUCGUCGUCGUUUUUGUUGUUGUUGUU